AUGUCCAGCGAACAACAACAACAACAACAACAGAGCAUGCGCGUGGUGGCUUUCCGCGGCCCUUACAAGGUGGCGGUGGAGGAGCGGCCGGUACCCCGGGUUCAGGACGCGAGGGAUGUGGUGGUUAAGGUGAAGUAUACGGCGCUUUGUGGGAGUGAUCUUCAUGUCUACCGCGGGAUUGAGCCGAGUGGGGAAGGUGUGGUAAUGGGACAUGAGGUUACCGGAGUGGUUGUUGAGGUUGGGGAUGAUGUGCGCUCGGUCAAAAAGGGGGAUUCGGUUGUGAGCGCUUUUACCACGUCUUGCGGCAAAUGCUGGUACUGCACUCAGGGACACUCUUCGCGAUGCGAGCAGAAUGUUCUACUGGGAUGCGAUGCCCUGGACGGCGCCCAGGCUGAAUAUGUGACGACGAAGAGGCUGAACUUGUCGGAACAGAUCAGAAUUCCCAAUGCGGACGGCACAGUGGUCAAGACCCCUGAAGGGGUUGAUGACAAGCUUCUGGUGCUUAUGGCCGAUAUCUUCCCUACGGGUUACUUUGCGGCGCGCAAUGCGUUCAAGGCAUCCACCCCAGAGCAGAUUGCAGAGCAGACGGUCGUCCUCAUCGGCUGCGGGCCAGUCGGACUUUGUGCUCUGAUCAAUGCGCUCGAAUACAAGCCUAAGCAUUUGCUGGCGGUGGACUCGAUUCCCGCGCGACUUGAGUUGGCCAAGUCGCUCGGAGCCGAACCCUGGAAUUUCCAGACCGACCGGGAAGGUCUGGACAAGCGCGUCCAAGAGUUGACGGACGGGCGCGGCGCAGACGCGGUCAUCGAGGUCGUGGGCUUGAGUCCGGCAUUGAGGACCGGAUUCGAUCUGCUGCGGCCGUUCGGUACCAUCAGCAGUGUUGGUGUGCACAAUGGCGAGAUUCCAUGGACUGGUAGUGAGGCGUAUGGCAAGAACCUGACGGUCCACAUGGGACGAUGCCCUGUGCGUUCGGUUUCCGAGCAAGCCCUGCAAGUUCUGAAGAAGAACCAGCAUCUUCUUGGGUUCAUGGCCGACAAAAUUAUGCCCCUUUCGCAGGCGGUUGAGGCCUAUGAGCUCUUUAAUGCGAUGAAGGUACAGAAGGUUAUCUUUGAGGUCGACAAAUAG